CCACAUUCUCCAGAAAUUCUCAUACAUUCCAUUUUCUCUAUCGCUCACACUAUAAUGCUCUUGUCACAACUGAGGCAGCAGUUCAGCGCUGCAUUGCGGAUCACGCCCGCGCAGCGGAUAUCAGACCGGUUCAAGAUGCAAUUCCGAUUGCCGGGCCGCACAACCAGCGUGCUCUCUUCAGGCGUCGCCCCCACGCCAAAUGACCCGAUGCUGGCGCGUUCGCGGUACUUCAAGCCCAAGGGCCUAAGCCAGGGCGCCCCCAUCGGACUGCUUCUGGGCUCCGAUCACCGCAGGUACACGUACGAGACCAGCACGCCGGCGUUUCGGCUGAUCGCCAGCCCCUGGGCGUCCAACGAGCACCCGCGCGACCACAACGCCCUGCGGCUGCGCGACUACCGCGUCACGUGCAUGGCUACCAAAAAGCAGUACAGCAAGAAGGCUUACCACCGAUGGCGCGCCGUACGUGUACUGCGGACGGCCGCCGCCAUGGUUCUGCCGGACAAGGGCUGCGGCGGUGCGACUACCGCCAAGAUGCGCACCAUGCAGAGGGACGAUGUGUGGAGGGACGUUGAGCGCGCGCUGGCUGCCGUUCGCCGAAGGAUCGAGCGCGAGUGGAUGUCCGGCAGGCGGGUCGAGCGCCCACUGCUGGGUGCCACCGUUGAGAUACCCAGAGACCCCGGCAAGCACAAGAUUCUGCGCAGUGGUGUCAAUGAGCGGGCAGUGCCAGCAGAUUACUGCGUGUCGCGCAUAAUCGAGGAUGCAA